CGCCAUGGCAACGAAUACCUCAACAUGGCUGAACAACCUGACCAGGUUUCCAUCAAGAUUCCCUUCGGUGAGAAAGAAUUAGACGCGAUUAUCUCGCGUCCAAAACGAACCUCCUGGCAAGGCUGUGGUACCGUCCUCACACAUGGUGCUGGAGGAGACAUGAACCACCAGCAUUUGGAAAUGUUAGCAAAACAUUUGUGCGAUGCUGGCAUACUGUGUCUUCGCUUCACUAUGAAAACACCAAAUUUUAAAUAUCGGGUUAAAUGUUUCGCAGCAGUCAUGGACUUCUUGAGAGACUCUAAAGAAUUUCAUGUAACAUCUUGUGUUAUUGGUGGUCGCUCCAUGGGUGCACGGGUGGCUGCAGAAAUUGCUUCGACGCUUGAUCAGCGUAACAAAAAAUUUAUAAUUGGUUUGUUAUGUCUGUCCUACCCUCUCCACCCUCCACAGAAAACCACUGAGCAACGGGUAUCAUCAAUCCUUCCUUUGGGAAUUCCAACAUUGUUUGUGAGCGGUACUAGGGAUAAGAUGUGUGACCAAGAUCUGAUGGAAACCACCUUAAAAAGACUAACCUGUGAUUGGUCAAUACACUGGAUCCAGGGGGGUGAUCAUGGGAUGAUGGUAAAGGGCAAAGACAAGAAAGGAAGUCAAAACAACGAGGAGAUACUGCAAGACAUUUGUAAAACUGUUCUCUUGUGGACACAGUCAGUUUUCAUGGGAGAAAGGUGACACUAGCUCCACCCCCCCCCAACAUGCACCUUUAGUGACCUUGGACAGCGUCAAACACCAACACAUCCAUUUUUUCUCAUAAUACCGAAGACGCUUGGAUAUAAUGCUGAUCUUUGACAAUUUAAAAUGGACAAACUUUCAAAUUGGAAAUACUCACUUCCUUAUCUAAACUGCUUCAAUAAUGGUGAUAAGCCAGGUGGAAAGAACUUACUCAAAGUCUAACCUACGAACCUCAUGUGUACAAAGAUGCAAAGAAAGUGUAAAUCAACGUAUAUUUUCGUAUUUUGUAAGUAGUUUUAAAGAACCGAUAGUUGAUGUUUCAAUCCAUCAAGGAAAAAUGCUAACUCCGUCCCACCUGUUCUCUUCUUUAAUCUACCCGCGAGGCAUGAAGCUUUAAUGUAAAGUGUACAGAAGCUGUCACAAUAUGUUUCCUUAUUCCCUCUACGCUUUCGAUCCACUUUACUUGCUUAAAGCGCUUGCUAGACGUCCGGAUAUGAAUAUCGCCAACGUUAAGGGUGUUAGGAUCUUUGGCUUCGACGAUAUUUUUUGCGCUAUUGAGUACUGUAUCUGAAAAACAAACAUUGAAUUACAGGCGGCCGUAUGUCCGGUGCUAUGCAUGUCUAUCCGGACAUCUCACUGAACUGGUGGUGCUUUUAGCAAAUAAAACCGCUUAGUUUUUACGCUCGUAAAUCAUCGUAAGCUGUUAUUGCUAGUGUGCUAUAAUAUGCAGUUUUGGUCAGGAGGAAAAUUUCUUUCAAACUGUCAAACAUAUGAGAGUCAUAUGAGAGUCGUAUGAUGGUACACCCACAGAAGGUAAACUUGAAAACUUGGAAUGCACCCAAACUAAAUUUCUAAUGUGACUACACAAACCUUUGCAGCAUAACUAUAAACAAAAACUAUAUCAAUCGCACAGGAUUAGGAGAAUUUUCAAUUCAGGAUAAAAGCUGGGUAGAAUGAUCCAGCAUACAACCGGAUCACGCUAUAAAUGAGUCUUUAUUCCAACGCCCUGAACCCGGGCAUAGUUUUCAUAAUUACAUAAACCAUGCUCUUCUGAUUCUAGAUUGAAGAA